GUGUGUGUGUGUGUGUGUGUGUGUGCGCGCGCGCUGAAGUGUCUUGGUGUGACAGCUCACAGGUUACAUGUGGAAACUGCAGAAACAGACGCUGCUUCUUGUCAGAAUUAAUUCCACUUUAUUCGCAUCAAUGCCUCGGGAUCCGUUUGUCCUCCGUCGGGGGUUCAGCUGGACCUGUGUUUGUUAAACGCAUUGGUUAUGGAGCAGCAAGUUAGUGAUGAUGAAUCACCAGUAGUUCUAAGAGGUGAAAACCGAAGGAGGAGAAGAAAAAUGAAAGCAUUUACAUCGAACACAUCUGCAACAAUGGACCAUUUAACGGUGGAGUUUGUGCUUCCGACGACUAACAAAACAACCAAGAACCCUGACACGCUGCAGCUGGAUGUGAUUGGGAACUGGACGGUCGAGCAGGUAAAAGCCCAGCUGUGGCUGAAGGCCGUCACGACCAACAUGUGCCCUGAAUUCUACCAGAAGUAUUCACCAGACCACUGCAUCCUGCUGUACCAAAAGAAAGGAAGCUGUUGUGAGAUUUAUGACAAACACCAGGUGUUUCAGACCCUUGACUGCAUUCGCUACUGGAAAGCUCUUAAAAAGGAGGUUGGGAAAAUCUAUCUGGUUCUCCGGCCACAGCUUUCUGAAGAAUCCAUCCAGUACCAGAAAUUUCUAAAUCAUCUUAUCGGGUAUGAUGUCACAGAUGUCAGUAAUGUUCACGACGAUGAGCUGGAGUUCACUAGGAGGAAGUUACUAACAACCAGGAAAAUUGAAUUGGCUGACCGAGAUCCCAGAUUUUACUCAAUGGACCCCUGGAUAACUACCAAAUCCUUACCUGAUUACAUGCUGAGUAAAAUCUCUAACAACAACAUUCUACUUGUGAUACACAGAGAAACUUCAAGUCAGACGAUAAAGGUGUCGAUCGAUGACACACCAUUUCAUAUUCUUCAGAGUUUUUUCAUAAAGACUGUCAACAAGAGGGCUCUGCUUGGCAUACCAGAGGAUGUCAACGAAUCCGAUUUUGUUCUGAGGGUUUGUGGAAGAGAAGAAUAUCUUUUUGGAGACUAUCCCAUCAAAGACUUCCACUGGAUCAGACAGUGCCUGAAAAGUGGAGAAGAGAUCCAUUUGGUGCUUGAAUCCCCCCCAGACCCUGAACAAGAUGUUGUCCCAAAGGAGGACUGGGCACAGGUGGAUGACUGCACUGGUGUAGCUGGCACACAUGAGCAACUGACUAUUAAUGAGAAGGACCAUGAGAAGGUGUUCACAGUCUCCCUGUGGGACUGCAAUCGCAAGUUUAGAGUCAAAAUCCUGGGCAUAGAUAUACCAGUCCUGCCCUGUAACUCCGAACUGAUGGUCUUUGUGGAGGCCAGCAUUUUCCAUGGGCAGCAGCUGCUUGCUCAGGAGAGGACCCCCUUAAAGCCCUUCACUGAAGAGGUGCUGUGGAACAUCUGGCUUGAUUUCAACAUUAAGAUCAAGGAUUUACCCAAAGGUGCCCGGUUGAACCUGCAGGUGCUGUGUGGUAAAGCCCAAACACAGCCCUCAAGAGACAGCUCUUCACUCGAUAGCAAGAACAAGAGCCGUCUGCUCUACUACGUAAACCUGUUAGUGGUCGACCACAGGUCUUUACUCAGACAGGGUGAAUUUAUCCUGCACAUGUGGAAGAUGCCUGAGAAAAGUGAGGAUAACAGUAGCGUAAAUGCAGAUAAACUCACUUCUGCCACCAAUCCAGACAAAACCAGUUCCAUGGCAAUUGCAGUGCUACUGGACAAGUAUUGCUACCCAGUUGCUUUGCCUAAGAGCAGGGAUUCCCAAAACACAUCGGAAAUGGAAGGAGAAAGGGGGACACGAGAGAUGCCGAACCAUUUACGGAAGCAGUUUGAUCAAAUCAUGGCUACCGAUCCUCUGCAUCCACUCAGUGUGGAAGAUAAGGAGCUCCUAUGGCAUUUCAGACAGGAGUGUGUGCGACAUCCUUCGGCCUACCCGAAGUUUCUUGGCUCUGUGAAAUGGGGAAAACAGGAAGCCGUCAUGGCCACACAUCAUCUUUUAGAGAGAAGCACCGCAUGGGACCGGAGCCCUCCAGAUGUGGGGUUAGCGAUGCAGCUAUUGGACUGUCACUUUUCUGAUGCAAACGUGCGCACUAUGGCGGUCAGGAAAUUGGAGACUUUUGGCGAUGACGAUGUCCUUCGGUACCUUUUGCAGCUGGUCCAGGCUGUUAAGUUUGAACCCUAUCAUGAUAGUGCGCUUGCCAGGUUUCUCCUUAAGCGUGCUCUCAGGAGCAAACGAAUCGGCCAUUUCCUCUUCUGGUUCCUGCGGAGUGAGAUAGCUCAGUCUAUGCACUACCAACAGCGGUAUGCAGUUAUUUUAGAGGCUUACCUUCGGGGCUGUGGAGAUGCCAUGCUGCAGGACUUUAGUAAGCAGGUGGAAAUUACUGAGGCAUUACAGAAGGUCACUCGUGAGAUCAAAGCCAUAUCUGCUGAAAAAUAUGAUGUUUCAGCACAAGUUGUUUUUCUGUUGCGCCAGAAACUGGAGAGUCUGCAAAUGCAGGGUUUGCCCAAGAGCUUUAAAGUACCAUAUGAUCCCGGUCUACGAGCUGGGUCACUUGUGAUUGAGCAAUGCAAAGUAAUGGCAUCCAAAAAGAAACCCCUGUGGCUGCAGUUUAAGCGAGCCGACCCCACCACCUUGUCGAGCGACACCAUUGGGAUCAUUUUCAAGGAUGGAGAUGAUCUUCGUCAGGAUAUGUUAAUUUUACAGAUUCUGUUGAUCAUGGAGUCUAUAUGGGAGACGGAAUCUCUAGAUCUGUCCUUAUUGCCCUAUGGUUGUAUUUCUACCGGAAAUAAAAUUGGGAUGAUUGAGAUCGUGAAGGACGCUACCACCAUUGCUAACAUCCAGCAAAGCACUGUGGGGAAUACUGGAGCUUUUAAAGAUGAAAUCCUGAACCAGUGGCUGCGAGACAAAUGUGUGAAUGAGGACAAGUAUCAGCAGGCAGUGGAGCGCUUUGUGUAUUCCUGUGGAGGUUACUGCGUAGCAACCUACGUCCUGGGGAUAGGCGAUCGCCAUAAUGACAACAUCAUGAUCACUGAAUCUGGUAACCUGUUCCACAUUGACUUUGGACACAUUCUUGGAAACUACAAGAGCUUUCUGGGUAUAACCAAGGAAAGGGUGCCUUUUGUUUUGACGCCUGACUUUCUCUAUGUAAUGGGAACAACGGGAAAGAAGUCCAGCCCGAAUUUCAUUAUGUUCCAGGAUAUUUGUCUGAAGGCCUACCUGGCACUCCGACAUCACUCCAACUUGCUCAUCAUCUUGUUCUCAAUGAUGCUGAUGACUGGCAUGCCCCAGCUGACCAGCAAGGAGGACAUAGAGUACAUUCGAGAGGCUCUGACUGUAGGCUGUACAGAAGAUGUGGCUCAGAGACACUUCCUGGAUCAGAUCGAAAUCUGCCGGGACAAAGGCUGGACAGUGCAGUUCAACUGGUUUCUACACUUAGUGCUCGGGAUUAAACAAGGUGUAGAAAAACGAUCAGCUUAAGACUGAUGAAAAGGCACCAUGAGACAGUGUUUUUAUAAAGUAUUUUAUCCACAAAUUACAUUUUUAUAUCAAGGUUUAGGUUUUAUUUGAGUUUUUUUCAAUUGCUUUUAUUAGAGGUAAAUUUUUUUCUCAAUUUUUAAUUUUUUUUUUCUCUGAUAAUCAUCCCAAGUUUGUUUGUAUCUCACAUUUUACGCAAAAAUGAAGUCUACACAUAUAUAUUGUUCAACACAUGGAGUAUGUGACAUUAAAAUAAGCUUUAAUGAG